AUGUGUAUGAAUUACAAAGAAGAUUCUGACAUGGAUGAGUGCGAUAAUCCAAACUGUUCAUUGAGAAAUACAGAGGAUUGGAAGUUUUCUAUCAAAGAACAUACCAGUGGCCACGCGGGCCGUAUCGUGAUAGAAGGAAUCGGAUCAGUUGAAGGGUUUUUGGAUUGUAAACUGAGAAGAAUGAGAUUGAUGAAUAUUUAUCAUAUGGUUUCCAUCCGUGCCGGCCGCUUCACCGCAGAAUAUUUAACGAAAUGGAGCAAUGACGAAGUAACUGAAAACUGUCAGAGGGUGAAUGAUUUAAUUGAAGUAUUGAAAUCUCAGUGGAAUGAAUUUCGGUGUACUCUUCUGUUGGAACAAGAGAAACUUGUGCUGGAUAGAGUGUACGAUAAUAUUGCUAGAUAUCAUUUAACGUCAUUUGCAGAAGGAUGCCCAUUGACAUUCGAUCAUGGAAUAAACAUUGAAAACUUGCUAAUUUCUACUCAAAUUGAUAGAGUUGUUAUUUGA